AUUAUGAAAAAAUAACAUUACGUUCUCUCUCGAUCAUUGUCGCUGAGAUUACAUUCCAUGUCCGGUUUAUAUAUCUAUAAACGCUGAUAAAAUAUCUUCGUUGUUUGUAGUUUUUACAUAGAUAAGCGGUCGGUCCAUUUAUUUGCGAAUGUGAGUUGUUUAACUGACAUUGUACCAAUGCGGAUGCAGCGUGUGGUGUGGUGAAAGGACAGACAGGAGAAUCGCGUCCUGGAUUUAUCAAUGCAAGGUGAUUGAUAAGAUGUCAAACAUUACUGGUGAACGGUUUAAAUCUAAAAUUUGAUUUGUUCUAUAGGAGAGGUUCUUAAUUUAAGGAUUUAAUGUUGAGAUCAUAUCGUGUUGUUCUGAGACAAUGCUAGUACACUACCUCGUCACGAAUAAGGAUUGCUUUCAUGUUGCUACUCAUGACACAUCCUGUCCGAUUUCUGGUUUGCUAGCAGUCUUCUCAAACAUUUUUCUUCUGGUGAAAUAUAGUACAGAUUACGAUAGGUGCUUCAUGCUGUCACGUUAUUUUAGUGUAUGGAAAAAAUAAUAAUUUAAGUAGUACAGUGAGGGCUGUAAAAAAGUCAUUAGGCAAAAUAAUAAUAAUGAAUGAGAAGUUUGCUAGUGAUUCAAAACAACAAAGGAAAGGAGCAGAUGGAUUUCAGAACUGUUGCAUAUUUUUUAAAAUACCAGCUUCAAAAUAAACCGCAGCACAACCGUUAACAUAUGUUAUUGUAAUGUGGUAACACAGGAAAGCUACUAGUUUCUGGAAUUCCCUAGUAAGUGAGACAUCUCCAACCCCCAACAUGCAGUCCCUCCUUCAUGCACAUAGACACAUACACACAGACAUGCUAAUUGGCCUGUUUGGUUUAUGGAGGAAGACAUUUAGGUAAUGUUGAGUGUUAGGUAGUAAACAUAGCUGUAUGCUUAAGCCUUGUAUUCACAGCGUACAUGUCAGCAGGCACAGGUCAGAGACUUUUCUCUUGUAUAUUCUCAUACUUCUUCACUCUACAGUCCGAGGAUGUAUGUUUUUGAAUGAGAUAUUCUUACAUUGAAAGUGUAAUAUAAUGAGUGUAAAGUGUAUAAUUAGCUUUAGGUACAUUAUUAUAUUAUGUCCAAGCUAUCUUUCUUUAGGAGGGAUGCGGAAUUGUGGUGUUCAUGAGCUCAUCUGCGCAAGAAGAGCAACAGGCUAUCAGUGGAAUCCACAAACAGUCUCAUAAAUUUGGAAGGUUAUAAUAAGACACUGCAAGAAACUAAAAUGAGAUGAACUAGGGGACAGCAAUGGCGUUCUUCAAAAGCUUUCAGCAGAACCUCCCCUCUGUCUCCUCCAUCUUGGACACAGUGUCCAACAGUGUGUCCAGCACUGUGGAUGAUCUAACCAGUGCUGUGAAUGAUGUGACGUGCACAGUCAGUGAGCAGCUAACAGUGCAGGUAAACACCAUCAUUAACAAGGUGCAGUCUGAAGAGCAGGCAAAUAGCCAAAAGGGCACACUUACAGGGGAAGACGCAGAAUCAGAUGCAAACAAUGCCCAUGGGCAGAAGAAGUACAAAAGACAUAUCGAUGAAGAUGAGGAAUUGAGGGAGAGACAAAAACAAGAGAAUGAGAGAAGGAAUGAUGAUGAGUGGGAGUGGUGUUACGCUCCCUCCAAAGGGUGGUUUCGCAGAAGAAGAGACCCAAACCAAUCCCAAAACGAGAAACAGGAAACAGUGCCUGCAGUGGAGGGAGAGGCACUAUCUUCACAUGACCAGAGUAACAGCCUGUCUACGAUAGCAAAAGAAGAAAACAAGCAACAGAACAACAGUGAAGAAGAUAGCAAGACAGAAUAUGCUAAAGAAACGAAUGAAAAUGAGUUAACAGAGGCAAUGAAGAGUCCAUCGGGUGAGAUGCACUGUGACAACAUAAAUGAAUCUGGGCAAACAGGAGAGAGUAACACUGAGCAGGAGAACAAAAACUGUACAAACAACAAUGGUAAAGAUGGAGGCAGCUUAGAGGAAGAACUGAGAGAGACAACCUCCCAGCUUCACAGUGCCAGCAGUGGUGAGAACAGCAAUAGUCAAUCAGCUGGAAAUGAAAAUGAAGGCAGCAAUAUCCACAAGACCACAGAGUCAAGUUUGUCGAAUGAGCCGCUGGCCAACCUGAAGCAGGACAACCCUGAAGAGGGCUCACGGGGUGGGGUGGGCUCAGUGGAGGGCAGCAGCAAUGAGACCAAUGCGGGAGAGGACACAGUGAGCCCUAAUAAGGAUGUCUCCAAAAAGAGCAAAGCUGUAUCGGGCCCGGAGGUUCAUGCUGUGCUGUGGCUACCGGAGAUGUACGAGCCAGAGGCUCAAGGGAAGUAUGGGACACUGGAUGUGGCUUUUGAGUAUGACUCCAGCGAGCAGUAUCUAGCUGUGACUGUUACUGCAGCUACUGAUAUUCCAUUCCUGAAGAGCACAGGAAACAUCUCCUGGCAGGUUCAUCUGGUGCUGCUUCCCACCAAGAAGCAACGGGCCAAGACUGGGGUGCAAAGGGGUCCUUGCCCCAUGUUCACUGAAACCUUCCGCUUUUCACGCCUGGAACGUGAUGCCCUGGGAGACUACGCCGUCCGGUUCCGACUCUACAGUGUCCGGCACAUGAAGAAAGAGAAGGUUCUGGGGGAGAAGGUCUUUUGCCUCGCAAAGCUGAACCUGCAGGGGAAGAUGGCCCUGCCUGUUACCUUGGAGCCAGGCUCAGCAGCCCCCGUGCAGAAAGACAUCUUGCAGCAGUGUACCACUGGUCUGCAGGGCUGUGGUUCGCUGGUGAGUGUGUCUCGCAGUGUCGGGGCUUUUUCCUACCACUCGACUGGAGAGUCAUCUAUGCCAGAACUCCUUCUGGGCCUUCUCUACAACUCCAGCACAGGAAGGCUCUCUGUUGAGGUCAUCAGGGGCAGCCAUUUCAAAAACUCUGCCACUGACCAAACACCCAAUCUGUUUUGUUGUAUAAAGCAGUUCACUGGGGGGCAGCUGUACAUCAUGCGAGACACAUAUGUAAAGCUGGUCAUGUUGGACUCGAACGGAAGAGAGAUGUCCAAGUGCAAAACAUCCGUGUGCCGGGGCCAGCCCAGCCCCACCUACAAAGAAACUUUCAUCUUCCAGGUUUCGCUGUUCCAGCUAUCUGAGGUGACGUUACAGGUGUUGGUGUACAGUCGACGUAGCAGUGUGUGGAGGAGAGAGCGUCUGGGCUGGGUCUCAUUGGGUCUGAACAGUACAACAGAGGAGCAGGAGGAGCACUGGACUCAGAUGAGGGAAGCUGAAGGACAACAAGUGUGCCAGUGGCACACACUUCUGGACUCAUAGAAGGUACAAUGUUCUGAGCAAGAUUAGAUUAUGGCUGUGGAGGUUUGUGGAGUCAUGUCCAUUUGAUUGUAGUGGUACAUUAAAGUAAUGAAAAUGAACAGCAUCAACAAUUCUGACUCUUGCUGGGUAUAUGUACAUGCUGAGAACAACAGACAUAACCAGAGACUGAAUCCUGAUAGCCUAACAUCAGCUCUGAUGAAGAUCUUAGAACAGUCAUGAAGGUUAUGCCUCUAAACUAGCCUUUCAAUUGACAACCUGCCACUGGAUUUUCUCAUGAGUGGUUAAAUCUUAAAAUUGUUAGUUUUGUUUGAAUUCAGAUAUGCAUUGCAUGUAAUGUACUGCCAUUAUGAGCAACGUUUGUAUGACAAACUACUCAGUGUAGGACCAAAAAGCCUGAUCAUCAUCUUUGAUUUACCUAGUCUUAUGGAAAGGGAUAUGCUUAAAAAAGACACAUACUAUAUAUACAUGGUAGCUCAGUGGUUAAGGUACUUGACUAGUAAUCAGAAGGUUGCCAGUUCAAUCCCCACCACCAAGUUGCCACUGUUGUGCCUAUGCACAAGGCUCUUAAUCCUCAAAUUCUACUCAGUCAUAAUUGUAAGUUGUUUUCAAUAAAAGCCAAGUAAAUGCAUAUGUGGGGCUAUUACAGACUGCUGUUUAACUGAAGCAAAACUAUACUGCAUAUCUUUACUGUAUAAAUAGAAUCCAGUAUGCAAUUUCAUGACAUUAAUCAUGAGAGAUUUUAUUUCUACAUCAGGCGAAUCUAUGCAAAAAAGAAUGAUGCAACCUGUUCUUAGCUGGAAUAGCAAGUGACGUUUUUCUUCUAAAGAAAGAUUUUACGUUCUGACAACCACAAAUGUUUCAUAAAAUUAAAGUCUGCAUUCCAUGACAUUACUAUGUUGUCCUGUUUCUGACUAAAGUAAUUUUUCUCUACUUCACUAUAAUAAAAUGUGAGAUAUGUGAGUUCUGUAACUGGGGGAAAUAGUGGGGAUAGUAUUUGUGUUCAUCUAUGUUAUGAGAAUAUUUUCCUUCACUCUGGAUUGAUUCUGUACAUGCUACAGAGAUGAGAUGUAUAAUGAAAAGGUAUUUAUAAUAGUCACAUGGUGACAGAUUUAGAUUAGGUUACAGUAUAUUCAAAAGUUUCAGUCAGGUCAUAUUGUUAAGGUAUUUCAGCAGUGUUGAGUUCCACAGGAACAUUUGGGCUGAGUUUCACUGUAAUAGAGUGAACCGAAACUUAGGGUUA